GGUCACACUGAUUAGGAAGUGUAUUAUUUUUUUAAAUGAAAAAAAAUUCGAGACAAAUUAAACGGACAUACAACGGUGCCCAUAAGAAAUAGGAAAAAUAGGGCGCGAGCGAAUCAAGCAAAAGAGCACAGGAACGGGAGCGAGCGGACACAGCAGAAGUCGGAAGAGCCCAGGGCACAAGGAAGGCAUAUCAGCAGCAAAGUAAGGCAGCGCAGCGCAGCGUAGAGCGAGGGAAGGCAACAAAACGCAACAAAGAGACGCAAGUGAAGCCAGUAAAGCAUGAGCUAGAGCUGAAACUGAAACCGAAACCGAAAUUGAAAUCAAACCCGCAACUGCAACUGCACGUGGAGGGCAGAGAAGCCAAAAGCAAGGGCAAGGAAAGCAAAACGUGGGACAAUAACAAAGCGAUAGAAGAGAACUCAUAACUGCAAAGCUGCAGGCAGGUGCAACUGCUUCUCCACACUCGCACAUUCGCUUGGCAUCCAUAUCCAUAUCCCACCUUCACCCAUAGCACGGCAGGAAGACGGCGUCGCAUCAGCAUCAGACGAAACAUCAUCAUCGCCAUCAGCCGAAGCAAUCCACCAGCAGCAGCAGCUACUACAACAAUAACAACAUGAGCAUCGUGUUCAUAAAUUCGAGAAAAAGUCCCAAUGUGCCGAGGAAACAGGGCACCGACCAGUGGGUCAAGCUAAAUGUGGGUGGAACCUACUUUCUGACCACCAAAACAACGCUCUCCCGUGACCCAAAUUCGUUUCUGUCCCGUCUUAUACAGGAGGACAGCGAUUUGAUAUCGGAUCAGGACGAGACUGGAGCAUAUUUGAUCGACAGAGACCCCAAGUACUUUGCGCCCGUGCUCAAUUAUCUGAGACAUGGCAAGCUCGUACUUGAUGGCGUCUCCGAGGAGGGUGUGUUGGAAGAGGCCGAGUUUUAUAAUGUGACACAAAUGAUAGCACUGCUCAAGGAGUGCAUCAACCACAGGGAUCAGAGACCGCAUGCGGACAAGAAGCGCGUUUAUCGUGUGCUACAGUGCCGCGAGCAAGAACUGACCCAGAUGAUCUCAACCCUAUCGGAUGGCUGGCGGUUCGAGCAGCUGAUCAGCGUCGGCACACAGUACUCCGCUUACGGCCCCUUCGAUAGCAAUGAGUUCCUCUGCGUGGUGUCCAAGGAGUGUGGCACCACGGCCGGCCGCGAGCUAGAGCCUAGCGACCGGGCCAAAGUUCUGCAGCAGAAAGGAUCGCGAAUUCUUGGAAUUUAAACACACACUAUAUGUUCACAUCCAAUCCCUGCAAACCGUAAUCCCCACUAUAAUCAAAAUACAUCACUCUAAAGAACACAAUCAGCAGACAACAGAAAUUCGGAAUAUCAAUUGGAAGAAAAAUUAUGGAAAAUUCUCACCACACAUCACGGUCAGCCAAGCGAAUUAAGCAGCCACCACAGCCCCAGCCUCAGCCAAAGUCAUUGCAUAGAAGCUCAAAACAACAACAUUGCACCGCACAUUUGAAUCAUAAAAAUCAGAUCAAAUCAAUCUGAAGUAAGAAACUAAAUUCUACAUCAACAUUGACGGAAUCGAUCGAACCCACACACAUAUAUUGUACGCUCCAUUUCCACUCAAGACAAAAGUUAACAGCCAAUAAUACUACGAUUCCCUCUUGCGUGUACGUGAUGUGCUUGUCUCCACUGUACAGUACAUUACAGUAUAGUACAGUACAGCAUAGUACAGUGAAGCACGUUGUGUGUGCGCGAGUGCAUGUGUUCAACUUGUAGUAAAAACAACAAAAACAAAACUAAACAAACACGCACAAAACUAAGAUAGAAACCACUUUUGUUUGCUUCGAUGCACUCCACUGCCAGACAGGAAUAGGGAUGACGAUACGGAUGCGAAUGCGGAUACUCAAGAUGGAGGGGAGACAUGGAGCAGCCGCAUCAGUACACCGUACGGCCGUACAGCCGUACACCGUACAGUGGGUACACCGACACCAGCUUUAGCUUUAGCUUAGAUAAACACGCACACACCAGUGGCAUCCAGUCUGCAACAGACGGAUUUGCUGGGGACACAAUAAGCUAAGGCGACGGCAAAAUACACAUACACCAGUAGUGCAGAGAGCAGAGGACAGACAGAAGACAGCAGAAUGUUAUUUUGUAGAGUUAGUGUUAAUAGUUUUUAUCGUGCUUACAAUAAAGUGGACAGCUGCCUCAUUGACGCUGACAGCUUACACUUUGCUGCGGCGGGCAGAUUGCACCCAGAUAAUAGUCGCUGUGUUAGGUCGCGAUUCCCUUGGUCUAAGCAGGUCUAAGCAAUUUACUUUCGGUACACUAAGUUCGAGCUGCAUUUACAUGUCUGACAUGUCCGAGUGUUAUGUUAAACACACACAGAGCAUAAAGCAUUGAGCAUAUUGUAAAACGGACACAGGCAGUCCCUCGUUGUGUGUUGUGUUGUGUUGAGUUGAGUGCCGUGUAGCGCCCGGUUCACUACCUUGAGCUUUAUUUAGAAGGUGUAUAAAAUGCAGACACACUUAAAAUAAUAAAACAAAACAAAAUUGUCAACUAAAUGAAGAGAAGUUAAAAAAAAAUUGAAUCACGACUGAAUUUAUGUGAACUCGCACUCAAAGAAAGAAGUUGGGAAAAUGAUUCAUGUAAAUGAGAAUGAAAAUGUAAAUGAGGUUUAGGCAAAAAAUUUUGAAGAUGACGAUUGAGAAGUGAGCAAGAAACCUAUCCGGCGGCGUUUUGUACAGGAUAUGCAUGAUAUGAUAUGAUAAGUACAUGGAUGUAUAUAAUUUUAAAUAGAUAUUAAUUUAUACACAAAAACAAAUUGAUAACGAUACAGAACGUCGCUACCUACUCAUACCCAUUUUGUAUCCAUUUUGAAUUAUUUUACGGCACGGCACGGCAGGUGCCAGUGUGGAUUAUAUAGAGUAUAACUUAUGCUUACGAGGAUUAACUUUCGGUGGAGAACCCUUUACACUAGCCUAGCAUGUAUUAGUGCCGAAAAGAUCAGAGAAGAUGAAAACAGAGCCUCCGAGAAUACGACUCUCAGCAAAACGAAGCAACAGGCAACUGCAAAUGAUAAAUAUAUAGAUAAAGAUUCAGACAAUGCUGAAGUAAUACGACCCUAACACUUUUCAAACAAGCCUCUUCAAACAUUGUAAUUCCCCCCCAAAAAUAAGGAUGUACUCACACCCGUUCUCACAAAGUUAUGAAUAAACCUACAUACAAUACA